AUGAUCAUGCAUCUCAACAUUUUUUCUUGGAACCAUCCCGCCAAUGGUUCAGCUGAUCGCCGAACUCUAUGUAAAACGUUCAAACUCAUGGAUGAUGUUGUGAAAGCAUGCCAAAAUCAUCGAUUGAAUCUGAAAAAUUCUCCACCAUUUAUAUUAGAUAUAUUACCUGAUACUUAUACACAGCUUGUCUAUAUUUUCACUCAAAAUCACGUUAUUCUUCGGGACAAUUAUUACAUACAGAUUUUUUUGGAAAAUAUGCAACAAAAAUGUAAACAGGUACUUAAAUUAUUCAAAACGAAUGCUAUAUUCGAAGAACAAUCACAGGAGAGACGCACAUUGACAAAGCUCUCUCUUAUUUUUUCUCAUAUGCUAUUCGAGUUGAAAGCCGAGUUUCCCGAUGGAACAUUCAUAGGCGACAAAUUUCGAAUAACAAAGCGUGAGGCCGAGGAUUUCUGGAAUACUAAUUUUCACAAUAAAACUUGUGUACCAUGGAGCGAAUUUGUUGUUGCUAUAGAAAAGUCUCAGCCAAAUUCUAAAUUGAAACUAUCUGCUCUAAAAAAUACUGUCGACCUUACUGGAAAUGACCAUGUUUCAAACUUUGAGUUUGACGUUUUCACAAGGCUGUUUUAUCCGUGGAAAACUCUUCUACGGAAUUGGCAAUUGCUAACAACUGCUCAUCCCGGAUAUGUUGCUUUUCUUACGUAUGAUGAGGUGAAGAAAAAGUUGGAAAAACUUGUAGAUAAGCCUGGAAGUUAUGUCUUUCGCCUCUCAUGUACUCGCCCUGGUCAGUGGGCAAUAGGCUAUGUAGCUCCAGAUGGCAAAAUAUUCCAAACAAUUCCACAAAACAAAUCAUUGAUUCAAGCUCUUCACGAAGGUGGCAAAGAGGGAUUUUAUUUAUAUCCUAACGGCAACCCGAAGGACAUAGAUUUGAGUACAGUGAUAGAAGUACCUCCUGCAGACAGAGUCAAGGUAACCAGUGAACAGUACGAUUUGUAUUGUGAAAUGGGUACAACAUUUGAAUUGUGUAAGAUAUGUGAUGACAAUGACAAGAAUGUAAAAAUCGAACCAUGUGGGCACCUGUUAUGCACUCCAUGCUUGACUAGCUGGCAGGAAUCGGAAGGUGGAAAUACGUGCCCGUUCUGUCGGUACGAAAUAAAAGGCACAAAUAAGGUUAUUAUCGAUCGUUAUAAGCCUAAUCGACGAGAGAGACAGAAAGAUUCGUUUAAAGCUCGGAAGCCUACUAAUGUGGGUUUGUGCCUCAUUUUAAUAUCUUGUGAUACGAAUACACCGGCAGCUUCUUCGCCUUUGAUGGGUUUGCCGAUUGGACCGCCACCUCCUCUCCCACCUAGGCCAUCUGCCACACGUACCCCGGAACGGUAUUCGAGAUCUCGGGAUCCAAGCUACGUGAACGUCCCUGCACUGGCAACACCGCAGUCGGAUGCGGCUAUACCAGCUGAUUAUGUAAACUCGUCCGCAAUUCGUGACUUUAUCUAA